AUGACUGUCGCCCUCGCCCCUGCGCCCGCCGGCCUCUCCGUGCGCCCGGUCCCCUACGCUCCGUCGGUCGGCAAGCGCCCGCGCCAGGAGGCGUUCGGCGUCGUCGUCGACGGCAUCAAGGACAUCAACAAGCUCACCGACGACGAGUUUGCCAUCAUUGAGAACCUCCUGUACCGGCACGGUGUCGUCGUCUUCGAGGACGUCGACGUGACGCCGGCUGGGCAGCACGCUCUCACAAACGCGUUCGACCCGGCGGCGCAGGAGUACGGCCACGGCAAGGUCGGUCGUCCUGAAGCCGCCAGCAUCCUGCACCCGGACCUGCGCAACAUCCCUGCGCAGCCUGCCGUACAGCUCAUCGGCAACGGCCUCGUCACCGACGACCACGUCCUGCAAGGGCUCGUCAACCCGUGCAAGCUCAAGCACCCGAGCCACCAGAGCUUCCACAAGACCCAGAUCAGCGCCGAGGACUCGGCAAAGGGCUUCACUCGCUUCUACCGGUGGCACAUCGACGCGGCUUUGUACGAGCGCGAGGCGCCCAAGGUCACGACGCUCUACGGGCUCCAGAUGCCGACCGCCAAGAAGAACAUCGUCCGCUACGACGACGGUACUGGCGACGAGCUCGAGGUCCCGCUCGGCGGCACGGCCUUCGUCUCGGGCAAGGUCAUGUUCGACAUCCUCCCGGCGCCGCUCAAGUCGCUCGCCGUGCGCACGAGGGUUCAGUACGCGCCUCACCCAUACGUGUGGAUGGGUUCGGCAAAGGCCAAGUCGACCGGGCUCGGCAUGGUGUCGGACGGCACCGAGAUGUCGCUCGACGAUUUGCCGCCGUGGGAGGAGAAGCACGUCAAGACGCUCCCGGUCUGCUGGAAGAACCCGGUGACCGGCCACUUGCACCUCCAGGUGCACCCGAGCGCCGUCCAUGAGCUGUUCAUCGACCCUCUUCCCGUCGGCGCUCGUCGACAGCCCGACACCCUGUACCCGGACGGCGCCCACCUCACGAACCUCAAAGAGGUCCGCGAGCUCAUCUACUCGAUGCAGCGGCCCGGCAUCGCGCCCGAGCUCGUCUACACGGUCGACUGGAAGCCGAGGCAGCUCGCCCUGUUCCACAACCGCGGCACGCUGCACUCGAUCACGGGCGCGUUCGCCGAGGACGAGGUCCGAGCGUUCUGGCAGUGCAACCAGGCGGCAAGCGUCCCCGUCGUUGGCCCGUCAGAGGAGGAUGUCCUCGAGUUCGCCUGA